CAAAACUGACAUUGGUAAGAAAUUGUUUGUUUAUAAACCAUAGGUAAAUUUUAAUUUACCCACUGGGCAGGCAGUGGCCUCUUCAUCAUCAGGUAAGGUCUACAUAAUCCAUGUUCAGAAAUAUAAGUUGUAAGUGCUGUACUGCUUACACAAUAUAAUUGACAACAGGCUUACAUGUUCCUGGUUGCUGUCUCUGUCUUCACGUCCAACAGAUAAUUCAAAAUGAAACGCGCGCAACUUCCAGUACACGCGUAUCAUUCCCCUUCUCGAAUAUACACAGUGUGUAAAGCAUUACUUCAGUAAUGCGCGCGUCUGAGAAUUACAAAUGACCUGCUAGGAUUCAAAAGAGGUUCAAGAGCCUGAGUGGGAGGGUGACGAAAAGUAAGCUGGUUCACUUUAAAUGGUGAUUGCUCAAUGCGUAACCGCUGUGCGCGCCCGGACCAAUUACCUUCAAAGUAAAUAGACAGUAGUGGGAAAGCCUUCGGAUUCUCGAUGCCCCUUCUUCCUUCCGGUGCUCCCUUGGGACCUCUACACAUCUGUUUAGGGGGCGAGUUUGGCUGUCACUGAUGCGAGCGAGGUGUGGACACUUGUGGCUUUAAAAAGCUGCCACUAAAACUUUGGGGCAUCAGAGCAACUUCGGUCUCUUGACAGGGAAUAACCAACAGUGGAUUUUCCAGCUGCAAAUACAACCUUAGGACUCUUUUUUUUUAUUGUGAUAAUUUACACAGGGACUCGGAUCUCUCGGAGAAUCAUGUGGAACGCUGCGUCUAGCCCGAACAUGCACUCCUCGUUCAUCGCGCUUUGCCUGGCCGCUCUUCAGUGCUUCAGAUUGGUGGACGCUUUCCCCAACCCAUCUCCGCUAGUCGGGUCCAACUGGGGGAACCCCAAAAGAUACGUACACCUGCAGACAUCGUCGGACAUCAGCAACUUUUACUUGGAAAUCACUUUGAGUGGUCAAGUAAGGAAAACUACCAGCCGUAGUUCCUACAGUGUGGUUUUGCUGAAAGCGGAAGCAAGAGAUCGUCUGGCAAUAUUUGGCGUGAAGAGUAACCGCUACUUAUGCCUGGACGCCGAGGGCAACCCUUUCAGCUCUACUGUCUGCAGCAAGGAUGACUGUCUCUUCCACCACAAGCUGCUGGAGAACCACCACGACGUGUACUACUCCUGCAGGAGCGGCCUGCUGCUCAACCUGGAGGGGGCCAAGCAGGCGUUCGUGGCCGGGCAGAACCUGCCAGCCUCCUCCCUCUUCCUGUCGGAGAAGAACACAGUGCCCCUGGAGCGUCUGCUGCACAGGGAGAAGAGGACCCGGCAGGUGGACCCGUCGGACCCGCUGCGCAUGCUCACCCAGCCCGGAGAGGGCUCCGACUCCCAGGCCUACCAGGACCAGGAGCAGGAGCAGAACCAGGACGGGGACCCCUCGGAGCCGGGCCGCGCCGUCUCCAAGGAGACCAUCACCUCGGCCUUCCAUGACGACCCUCUGCAGGUGCUCCACUCCAUGAACCCCAGCAGCCCGCGGAUAACGGGAACCCUGGGCUGA